GGAGCUGGGGGCGCGGCCCUCGCCCGCCGGCGCAGGCAGGGGUGGCUUCGCGGGGUCCCUGAGGCGGGGGACGCUUCGCAAGGCUGGGCGUGUGGGCGGCGGCAUUCCGGCCCGCGGGGGAAGGGACGGGAACCGCGUCCGGCAGGGUGCCGCCCGGCCCUGCCCACCGCGGGAGGUGCUGCUGGGGCCGGGGCGGCUGGGGGCUCCGCCCGCGGGAGAGGGGAGCGGGGAGGCGGCAGCUGCCAGCGGGCGCUGCGGUGGGCGGGGGUCAGUGCUGCGGCCGCCGCUCCCCGAGCCGGUCCCCGGAGCGGGGUCCUGUGACUCACACCUUGUGUGAAGCUGUCUUCCGUUCUUGGGGCGGGUGACGAGCUAAGCGCUUCGAAGGGCAACGGCAACUUCUGCCCGUGUCUGAAAAAGUGAUAUUCUUCCCGUGGCGAAAGAUAGUAUGGAGGAGCUCCGGGAGGACCAGCGUUCCCGGGACAAGCUCAGGAUCCUUUAUAUGGUUAUUUUGCUGCAGUAGCAGGGCAGGAUGGACAAAUAGAUGCUGAUGAGCUACAGAGAUGUCUCACCCAGUCAGGGAUUGCAGGAGCAUAUAAACCUUUCAACUUAGAGACUUGCAGACUCAUGAUUUCAAUGCUGGAUAGGGAUAUGUCUGGCACCCUGGGAUUUAAUGAGUUUAAAGAACUCUGGGCUGUGGUCAAUGGCUGGAAGCAACACUUCGUAAGUUUUGACAAUGAUAGAAGUGGUACCGUGGAUCGUCAAGAACUGGAGAAAGCCUUGAUGAACAUGGGAUUUAGGCUGAGCCCGCAGGCAGUGACUGCAAUCACAAGGCGAUACAGCACUCGUGGGAAGAUUACAUUUGAUGAUUACAUCGCCUGCUGUGUGAAACUCAGAGCUCUCACUGAAUGUUUUAGAAGAAGGGAUGCAUCUCAGCAAGGUUUUGUGAACUUCCAGUAUGAUGAUUUCAUACAGUGUGUUAUGAGCGUCUAAAUCAAAAGGAAGGAAGCUGUGGAUGAUCGUGAUUAACAUUCCAGUUUGUGUUUUGCUUUGCCAAAUCUUCCAAUGAUUGUGUAUCUCAAUAUUGGAACUUGCAUAUUUUAUGAACACACUUGCAUUUUUUUAGUUUUGACAAUGAAUAUAAACUAAUCUUAUACUGUCAAUUUUAACUUCCAACCUGUGACUAUUAAAGAUGUUUUUAUUUUCAAAAUCUUGCAAUUCACUGUAAUUCAAAUUACGCAGAUCAUAAAUUUUUCUGUAAUAUGUUCACUUUUUUCCUGUGAUUCACUAAAACCAGUUCCUGGAGUGCAGCUUACCUUUUUCUGUCUUAAACAGCAUCAUGUGCAUCAUGUAAGAUGAUACAUAUUGUCUUUGACAGUAUAAGACACAUGUACAAACUGAAAGAGUUUUUGGAAUGGUCAUUUGACGCUGGUCUCUUAGAACAUGGGUCAGUUUAAGUUGCUGAUUUUAACAGCCAGCUGUUUCCAAGAGGAAUCUGUGAUGCCACACUGAGUGUCAGACAACCUGUUAGAACUUCUUGUAAGCAGGGGUACAACAAAACAUAGCAGAGAACUCUUCUAGAGUGUGCUCUUGUGUAGGGGGCUUUUGUUCCAGUAAGAUUCUUACUCUGUUUGUGUCACUAUAUAAAACACUAAAUUUUAAACAUGUGACAA